AUGCCUUCAGCUACAGCUUCGGUACACCCAACAACUUCAGUAUGGACGUCAGACGAAGGCUCCAUGGCUCAAUCUACGGCUGCAACACGAUGGCCCAAAAUAGUUCAGGACAUGAUUGAGGACACCGGUGUGUCCUCUCGACUAUCUCAGUCGCCAGAAGCCAAGGCCGAGAGCCUGGCUAUUCAGAUCGCUCUCAAAGACAUGAAGAAUGAAAUCAUUCAGAACAAACCUCUACGUUCGCUCAAGAGCGACGGCAAGUCAGAUAUCAGCAAGUACAACACCGAAAUCGAGCGAGCAGGCACAUGGACGUGGCUUUCCUCUCCGUGGCUCUUCAGCGAAUGCUACCUCUAUCGACGAGUGCAAACCAUCUUCUCCACGUCACAGCAUUGGAAGAAUUAUGACGUGUUCAAGCGACAAAAAGACUCGACGUUUGCCAAGUCGAGGAGGGCAGUUGAAGAACUGGCCAGUCGAUACAUGGAAACUGUCGAAAGGUCAAAGGGCCGCUCCUCAAACGACGACUCUGACGAAGAAAUCCAAAAGCUAUUGUUCAUUGAGAUGACGGAGGUCGCUUUGUGGGGUAAUGCAACAGAUCUAUCUCUGCUCAGCCACCUUAGCAUAGAAGAUCUCCAGAACCUCCAGGGUCGCGAGGCCAUUGCAAAGAGUCAACGCAAUAUCGUCGACAAUGACACUGAUGCACUGUACUCGUAUUUGAAGUCCGGUGCACGGACAGGAGGUCGAAGAGUCGACAUUGUACUUGACAACGCCGGUUUUGAGUUCUUCACCGACGUUGUGUACGCCGCCUAUCUCCUUGAUGCAGGAUUUGCCUCUUCCAUCACGUUCCACGUCAAAGACUUCCCGUGGUUCGUCAGUGAUGUCGUGAUGAGCGACGUGCAGGCAUUGUUCGAGAACCUCAUAUCACCAGAGAUAUUCCCAGACCGCCGAUAUCUGGAUGAAUUGGUGCUGAAACUUGACGAAAUGUUCGAAUCGGACUCCGUGACUGUUAGGUCCCACCCAUUCUGGACCACCGCAAUGUCAUUCCAUGAUAUGCCUCAAGAAGCACCCGACCUACUUCAAGAACUGAAGGACAGUUUUCUGGUGAUAUUCAAGGGCGACUUGAACUACCGGAAGCUCACCAAGGAUGGCCUGUGGCCUUAUACCACGCCUUUCAGAACGGCCAUUGGCCCGUUGGGUAAAAGUGGGAUACCUAUCCUUGCCCUCCGAACCAACAAGUCAGACACGUGUGUCGGUGUCGAGUCGGAGCAACUGGUAGAGAGACUAGAAGUAGAGGCUCCAGGAAGUGCUUGGGUUCGAAACGGCAAGUAUGCGGUGGUUUCCUUUUACGACGGUCGGUCAUCGUAG